AUGGCUGAUUCACUCCUGGAACUUUUGUCGCCGCAUCUUCAAACACCAAUAUCCAAUGAUGCUACUACCUCACAAUAUCUAAAUCGGUUAUCAACUCUAUCCUUGCAAAACCUCCAGACCACCGAACCGCAAUCACUCUCGCAGUCCUCCCAUUCCACUCUCCUCUCCCUUCAAGCAUUGUCCAACCGCUCCCAUAGGAUAUUCAUUACAUCUGCUGAUAACCUAUCCACACUCCGAUCCUCAAUCCCUCAACUGACCCAGGAGGCACAAGAGCUCCGGGAUGCUGUACCAAAGCUUGACGAGGCCGCCGUGGGCUUCUCCACUAAAUAUAGCAAGAUCACCGACAAUGCGGCCUUGGAAAGACGGAAGAAAGUGAUGCAAUUAACCCGCAAUGUCGAUCGAUUGUCAGAUAUCCUCGAACUACCCUCCCUCCUCUCCGCCGCAGUGUCCGCAGCCUCGGCCAAUUCAGGAGCUGGUGCAGCAUCCACCACGUAUUCGUCUGCGCUGGACUUGUACGCACAUAUUAAGCGACUACAAACAUUAUACCCAGACUCGCCAUUGAUCCGAGAUGUGGCAUCACAAGCUGAAGAUGCCAUGAAGGACAUGACCACCAAUCUUAUUGCUGGACUCCGAGGCCAGAACAUACGACUUGCAGCGGGCAUGCGAACUGUGGGUUGGUUGCGCCGAGUUGCGCCAGAUCUAGAGAUUUUGCGAAGCGAAGAAACUGCCGGGACAGAAGAAGGGGCGCUGGGUGCCAUUUUCUUGAUCUGCCGACUGGCUCAUCUUGUAUCAACGUUGGAGGCACUGGAUCCCCUGCGGGAACUUGCCGACCAAGAAACUCAGCGGCGCACAAAUAGCAAGGACUCCCCUGGUUCGUGGUCCAGUGGCCAACAAACCGACCGCUAUUUGAAACGAUACAUUGAGAUCUUUCGCGAACAGAGCUUUGCCAUUGUCUCACUUUACAAAAACAUAUUUGCUGCAGAGCAAUCGGACUCGGUCACUGCUUCCCAUGAUUCUUUACAAAACCGCCCUUCCGCUCUCGCCACUUUUCCUAUGCAUUUGGUGCAACUUCUUACAGAAACUAUGCGAACAUAUCUUCCGAAUGUACGGGAUAAGAGCUCCCGGGAGAGUCUGUUAACGCAAUUAUUAUACUGCGCGGCUAGCUUGGGUCGUCUCGGAGGUGAUUUUGGCAUGAUCUUGACGGAGCUGAAUGGGGAAGGGGAGAUGGAAUAUGAAUGGGAGGAAGUGAUGCGCAAACACCGAGCAUUGGCUGGACGAUUAGAACAACUGACCAGUCGAGUUCCAGUAUAUUGA